UUACGUCUCGCCACAGUUGAAAUAAACGACUUUACGACACUGGCGGAUUUGCUAAAAAACUUACAAUCCUUGUGGCUAACGAGCUGGUUUGGCUCCUCCAACAACAACAACAGCAGUAGCAAUAGGAGCAACAAGAAAAAGACGCAACAGCAACAACAGCGACGAGACGGCUUCGACAACGUCGAUGCUGGCGUUUACACGCUACAGCAGCCGCAUAAAUUUCCGCUUCAAUUGGACGUGUACGGCGGUAAUUGCAGCUUUGAUUACCAGCAACACGAGCUGCCAUCCGGACAUUACCAGCAACAACAACAACAACAACAGCAACAAGAGCAAUCAACACUUUUCGUACAACAGCAAAAGCAGCUGAAAAACCGGCACAAAAGCCAGCGGGAGCAGUGGAAAUUUUUAGGAAUAUCCUCAAAUAUCAACGAGACGAGAUUUAUUGAAAGUUCAGCGGCUUCAACAAUGGACGAUAUGGUUUAUCAGUGCAGCAAUCAAAAUUCUAUUUACGUACUCAAUGCCAGCUACAAUCCAGCAUUUGGCAACUUUGGAGCAACAGCAGCAACAGGGCGUGAAAUGAAUGGCAGCAGCAGCAGCAGCAGCAGCAGCAGGACAACGGGCAACAGGACAAACAAUUCAAUUGGGGCAAGUUGUUCGAGUGCCGCAUGCAGUUUGCAGCAUAAAUUCAAAAGUUUUGGCACAGCCAACGGCAACGGCAACGGCAACAGUUCGUCAGGAGCAACAGCAACGGCAGCAGCAAUAGCAGCGGCAGCAGCACAAGCAGCAGCAACAGCAACAGUUGCUGUUGUCACAGCAACAACAAAUCCGGUCGCUACAUCAAUGUCAACCGCAAUGUGUUCACCGGCAACGGCAGCGCUACAGAAAUUGUUCAAUUGCAAUGUGGCUUCCAUUGGCGAUGCCUGCCAAAAUGUCAGCCACAGAAAUCAGCAGCAGCAGAACCACAAUAACAACAGCAACAACAAUUGCCCAGUUGGGAGCCAUAACAAUGGUUGCCUGUCAGCGACAGGCUUGCAUAGAUGCCGCUGCGAUACGCACGAGGGUGCUGCAGCUGCAACAGCAACAGCAACAACAACAGCUGCAGCAGCAGCAGCAUCUGUUGGCGCUGUGGCCAAUAGAAAGAAAUGCACCAAUGUCAAAUCAACGCUUAUUGCCAAGAAGACAAAGUUUCUGAAAUUUCUCGAAGAAGAAAAAUGGCGCAGCAUCCAGCAGCAGCAGCAGCUGCUGACACCGGAUGAGACGGAAGCUUGCGGCACCACACAGCAGCCCAGCAGGGCCAACAGCAAUGAGGCGGAGCUCAACAGCACAGCAACCAUGUCGACGUCCACUUCAGCGGCCGCAUCAUCAUCAUUUGCGGCUCACUCAGCCAGCAAGGAUAACAACAGCAACAUGAAAAAUCACAACAGCAACAACAACAACAGUCAAACAGGAGCAGAGCAAAAUAAAUUGAACAAUUGGAGCAUGCAUAAUGAGAGCAACAACAAGUUAGCUGAAGCCGAACGGAAGUUGGAGAGUCAUAAACAACAACAACAACAACAACAACAGCAGCAGCAGCAGCAAUUGACCAACAACAGGUCCUCGAGCUAUGAACUGUACCAGGAGGCAGCAGAUAUACUAGGACUUAGCUGCAGCCUCUGUGAUAAUUGCCGUUGCUUGGACUGCCAGAGCGGCUAUUUCGAUUGCGCCGACGAUGAUGACGAAAGCUACUCGGAGCACUCAUUGAUGGAUGAAUACGAUGAAUACGACUAUGGCUAUAGCUACGAAGAGCAAAUGCUGCUACUAGCUAAUGCACAUCAUCAAGCUGAGCAGCAACAGCAGCUAAAGCUUUGUUAUGCCGUCGAUUGCCAAGAGAAUUGCUGCAGCAAAGUUGAACAGGAGCAGAAGGAUGGGGACGAUGGGGAGGCGGAGGAAUGCAAAUCUUCUUCCGAGCAUCGUUUGGCUAUUGAUUUUGAUUUAAUUAAUGCAACCAGCAGCCAAGUACUGGAAAAUUGUUCAACAUUCAACGAUUUAAGCUUAUUGGAUGCUGAACAGCAAGUGGAGCCAUUUACGUAAAUUUCAGUUAGACGAGCGAUAAAUCAAUGGGA